GCGUUGGGAAGAUUCUACGCGUCAAGACAACCAUUCCGAUUAUCCGUGGCGUUGAAGUGUUGGGUGAAGCCCACGGAUAAAUGAGAUUUUAUUUCAUGUAUUGCUUCCGAAGAGUAACUUUGCCCGUGCGGAGUCCGCCUCGUCAACUUAUUGUUCAUUUUUGCAGGUUUUGUGUCGAUUCUCGAAAAUUUGUGCCUUGUGAAAUUUAAGAUGCAAAAAGACCAAUGAAUUGGCCUUGUUCAAGCGUCGCCAAAUAAGCAAACUUGCUGCCGUAUAUUUGCAAGCGUAAAGACCACCCCUCCUGAAUCGCUUCAUGGCCUUAAUUGAUCUUGAAGAGACGUUGCGUAGGUGAAGUAAAAUACAACGAACGAAAUAAUCUACAGUGUGCCUUUCAAUUAAUUCUUCUAAAAGUACAACUGGAAAACACAAAACCAGCAAACCCCUAUCGAAAAUAGUGACAAAUCUCGUUGAGGAACAAAAUAUUACAUACAACCAACAAACAUCGUGUUUCGUUUUGCGCAAACAAAAGCAUCGAUUGGGUAGAUGAACAUCUCAACUGAUGUAAACAAUUCUCCCCUUCUUCUUCAAUUAGCCUUGCUUUUACAUUUAAUGUGAAUAGAGGCAGAGGCGGAAGACAGCAUAAAAGCGCUAGUGUAGCACAGAGCAAUCGAGUAGAAGGAGUAGAAGAAAUUUCCAAACUUUAAUCUAACGAAGCAGCAUCACACAUAGAAAAGUGUGAAUUCUAGAAGCCGCCCCAGAGCAGCAACAUAAAAUUUUGUUUCCUAAGCAGAUCCAGUAUCGCAUCAUAACCAUUUCGCUCAUCGCAAACGCACGGCAAAUAGCAGCGAAAGAACAAUGCUGAAGUUUAUACGUGGUAAAGGCCAACAACCUUCAACGGAACGGCAGAAGCUGCAGAAGGAACUGUUUGCAUUUCGUCGGACGGCUCAGCAUGGCUUCCCACACAAACCGUCCGCACUGGCGUACGAUCCGAAAAGCAAGCUGAUGGCCAUCGGUACUAAUAGUGGCGUCAUCAAAGUGUUUGGCCGUCCGGGUGUGGAAUUCUACGGCCAGCAUACAUCGCCCAGCAACAAUCCGUCCGACCUAAUCGUGCAAAUGCUCGAAUGGAUCCCGGGAACAGGUCGGCUGCUGUCGUUAACUGCUUCCAACCAGUUGGUUCUGUGGGAACCGGCGGGAACGCUGCUGGUUGCUAUCAAGAACCUGGCAUUUGAUGGCAAGCUCAAGAAGAUUUCUUCACUGUGCUGUUCGUACAUGAAGGACACUGUUUGGAUUGGCACCGAAGGUGGUAACGUGUAUCAGUUCGAUGUGCGCAAUUUCAGCGUGAAGGAGUCUGUCAUCUAUCACGAUGUGGUGCUGGAACAACUGCCCACUUCUUACCGAUUGAAUCCGGGAGCGAUUGAAUCGGUAAAGCAGCUGCCCAACAAUCACAAUUUGCUGCUGAUUGCUUACAACCGUGGCCUCGCCGUCUUGUGGGAUCUGGAGAGCGCGAGCGUAAAGCAAUCGUUCAUUUCGCCCGGCCACGGACAAAGUGUGGGAUUGUUCAUCGCACAGGAUGCUACGCAGUUUACUUGGUACCAUGCGGAUGGAUCGUACGCUACCUGGGACUUGGAUAGUCCGAUACCACCGGAAAACCAGAAGUACGUUCCAUACGGUCCGGAUCCUUGCAAAGCGAUCGAUCGUUUGAUUCGGGCACACCGUGGACGUUGCGAGCUGGUCGUCUUUUCGGGCGGAAUGCCUCGAUCGGCUUACGGUGAACAUCAGUGUGUGUCGGUGCACUGCAAGGACGGUACAAAGGUGGCCUUUGAUUUUACGUCCAAAGUAAUCGAUUUCUUUGUAACGUUCAACGACGUUCGACCGGAGCAGGCGGAAGUGUUGGUGGUGUUGCUGGAAGAGGAACUGGUUGCGUAUGAUUUGACAGAUGAAACGUUGCCACAAAUCAAUGCACCCUAUUUACAUUCUUUGCAUGCCUCUGCCGUCACCUGCAAUCAUCUGGUGUCGCAAGUAUCGCCGGAUGUGUAUUCUAAGAUCAGACUAGCAGGAGAGCUGCAGAUGGCCGAAUAUAGUUGCAAAAUUUGGCCCAUUACCGGAGGCAUCCUGCCCAAUGAACCAGUGGACGAUGACGAGCAGCCGAUGGAACGAGACGUCUUGAUUACUGGGCACGAGGAUGGAUCGGUGAAAUUUUGGGACUGCUCGGAUGUCUGCUUAACGCCGCUAUUGCACGUCAAAACAGCUCCGCUAUUUAAUAACAGCGACGAUUUUGAGAGUAACCUGAAUGCAUCGACCGAACAGUUGGACGAUGGUGAACCUCCAUUCCGUAAGGCUGGCCAGUUUGAUCCUUAUUCGGAUGAUCCUCGGUUGGCAGUGAAGAAGGUACAACUGUGUCCGCAGACGGGUACGCUUGUUAUAGCAGGCACAGCUGGUAAUGUGGUGAUGGCCAACUUUGAAGCAUCGCCUCAUGACGCAGUUGACGAGACGCAACCACAUGGCCCGCUCAAAGUGUCCACGAUGAAUUUGGUAAGCGAUCGCGAUGGAUUCGUCUGGAAGGGUCACGAUCAGCUGAAGGUAAAGCGCACACUGCUGGAAGAAAAUACGCCCAUCAUCGAAGGAGUGAAUUUUAUGGGCGUUCUGCAGGUGCUACCACCAGCUGCCAUCACCUGCAUUGCCAUGCAGAGCAAAUGGUCACUGGUUGCAGCCGGAACAGCCCACGGCCUUGUGCUGUUUGAUUACAACAAUCAGUCACCCGUGCUCCAUAAGUGUACUCUCAACCCCAAUGAUCUCACCGGUGCCGGGGAAACACUUUCGCGUCGGAAGUCGUUUAAAAAGACUUUGCGCGAAUCCUUCCGCCGUCUGCGCAAGGGACGUUCGACAAGAAAUAAUCCGAAUGCGGCCGGCGGAGCUGGCCAACAUGCACAGUCGGCUGCAGAGACACGUCCGGUAGAGCGUCAAAUCGAAGCUCGUCCAGUCGAUGACGGAAUGGGAUCGAUGGUGCGCUGUUUAACCUUUGCGCAAACUUUCAUUACCAAUCAGAAUGUGUACAUUCCGACACUUUGGGCUGGAACAAAUUCCAGCUGCGUAUCGGUAUUCGUGCUAAAUCUUCCACCGAAGCAACCUGCCCCCGCCGCAGCUACAGAAGAAAAUGGAGCUGACGAGCCGGUACAAUCGGCGGCAGUAUCGCAAGGCCCUCCGGUUACGGGCAAACUGGCCAAGGAAAUACAAAUGAAGCAUCGUGCUCCGAUCAUUGGAAUUGCGGUUGUUGACAGUAAUGGCGUUCCAUUGGAAUUCCAGAACGUGCCUGGACCGGCACCACAUCGUGUGUUGAUUGCGUCGGAAGAACAAUUUAAAAUUUUUUCGUUGCCGCAAUUGAAACCGGUCAACAAGUACAAGCUAACUGCCCACGAAGGAGCACGUGUACGGCGCAUUGCAUUCGCUACCUUUAUGUGUACGGUGCCGACUUCAUCUUUAGUUCAGUCGAGUCCUCCGAAGUCCAUGCCAAAACCGGCCACUUCACCGCAAGCUGCAGAACAACCUUCCGCCGACAACAACACAUCAGUGGUUAAUGAAUCCAACGUUGGUUCCGAUGUGACAAAUCAUUACGAAAUAAGUCUGCUUUGUCUGACCAAUCUGGGCGAUUGUCUAGUAUUAACUGUUCCGGAGCUUCGCCGUCAGCUUAAUUCAGCUGCAGUGCGCCGGGAAGAUAUCAAUGGUAUUUCGUCUCUCUGUUUCACAAGCCACGGUGAGGCAUUGUACAUGAUGUCAUCUUCAGAGGUGCAACGAAUCAGCCUAUCCGCUACGAAAGUUGUUGCUCCAAAUGGUAUAAUUGAUGUAGAAGAUUGGUCAACGCCGAUCGAAAAUGUCGCAUCGACCGAAGAAGGUAAUGAGCAGGAACAACAGGCACAGGAAAAUCCACAAGGCGAAGCUUCAUCUGAGCAGGAGGUUGAGAAUGCAUCUGGUUCCGUUGCUGCUGCGAAGAGUGAACAAUCGGUUUCACGCGAAAAAGUCACUGGAAGUGCGACCGCACUAACAAAUGGUACAUCCAACCCGAGGCUUAGCAAUGGCGUUGCUAGCGGAGAUGAAGCAUCACCGAACAAGGCCAACGAAACGAUCACCAGUUCGAUUGGUGACAUAACGAUCGAUUCCGUGCGCGACCAUUUGAAUGCUACAACGACAACGCUUUGCUCUACCACGACCGAAGAAAUAGUCGGUCGGCUGUCAGUAUUGAGCACUCACACAAGCCAAUCUUCGUCCACGGCCAAGAACAGUGAAAUAUUGAGCUUAAAUUCAUCGAACAUCAGCAGCCUGAAGGGAAUCGGCGAUACGACAGAGAAAACAUCCAACUCGGCAAUUAUAAAAUCAAUCAUCACCACCGUAAAGCAUGGUUCGAACGUAACAAAUGGUGAAGCGAAAGAAUCAAACAGAACGUCCACAAUCACAACUACCACGGCAACAAGCACGUCCGUCAAUGGAAACGAUUCGGUGCCACCACCGCUUCCAACGACGGCACCGCCUCUUAUCACUGUCCUCAGGAAAGAAAGCCAGUUCUAACAGCUUUCAAUGCUGGCAUCCUUUUCUUUACUUACAUCCUAACACAGUCGUAAGUGAAUAUUCUAUGACGAAUGGUUUAAGUUUGAAAAAAAAAAACAAAAUCGAACGGGACAGUAUUUUGUGUACUGAUGCAUUAGUAUUCCGAACGGGCUGUUACAGAUGUCGGGGCGCUAAUAGUAACUUGGCUCGACACACACACAUACAUACAAGUAUUAGAUAACUUUCUUAUCCUGUGUAACUAUACCGAUGACAAGUUUGCUUUAAACAUGAGGCAUUACACAAGACGUGUGAGAAUAAAUCAGAAAACACAGAAACCGUCAGCAAUGUUGCCUUUCCACACACUGUGGAUCACACAAUGAGCAAGAACAGAAAACAUUAUCAGCAAGGAAAAUGUUUCCACUAUCCCUUUAAUGCAGGUUAUCAUAGGUUAGAGAGAAAGAGAGAUAAAAUCCUUUGCCAGGCAUCUAAGACCAGAAAACGAUAAGACAAUGGCGUAUUUUAUUAGAUCUAUUCUUACUUUGAAGCUAGGUUUUUAAUGGAUAAAAAGUAUUUUCAGUUGUACGAACAGUUACGAGGUGCGAACGCAUGCUCUUUCACACCAUUUGUAAAACAGAUAGAAUGUCGAACGAUCAUUGCAGUUCCAUUGCCGAAACGGAAGAAGUGAGGUAGUGAAUCAAAGCGGUUUCGAAAUUAAUCUGCACAAAAAGUCCAAAAGUUUUGUUCCAUGUGGAAGUCAACAUAAACCCUACAUAAUGAUUUGUCCACGGUUUGGGAUGAUUUUUGUGUUGUUACAGAUCGAUCGAACUUUACCUAAAUCAAGUGACGGCCUUAGCGAAAUGGAAGUACAUGAUAGAUUUCUUAACAUUAACGAUAACGAGUAUUUCUUAAAUCUUAUUAUGGAUGGGUAACGUCCCAUCAUGCCAAUCUGUUGAUACGGAGUAAACGGAUUUUUACAACCGUUGUACCAACAAUGAUUCUUCCCAACGGUAGAAAUUACUGCAUUCAUAACCGUUCCGUCUUCGGUUCAAUACAAUUGAUGUUAAUGUUGCAAACGAAGUAAAACAGUCUUUGGUGUUUAGUAUAGAAUAGUUCGAGAGGAGAAUAGUACUGUUUACAACAUCUGUGAAGGAAAACAAAAACGAAAACACGAAGCAUUUUAAACCUUAUACAGUUGGUGAAAUUUUAUAUUUUAAAACGAAAAUUAUAUGAAUGAUUGAUUUAUAUAUUUCUUCUUUUUCUAUUUUUAAGCUAAACAACAAUACGUUUUCACAAUCAGAAUUACAUGUGUCUAUUUAAUCACAUGGAAACAUGGAAAUAUUUGACGAAA